AUGCUAACGUUUCGUGAACAUUGCAAUUUAUUUGCAGUUUAUCAGGGAGCUUCGUUCUAAUGUGCAGCAUUAGGCACUGACAAUUUCGACAUACACGUGAAGUUUAACGAUGUAGCACGGUUUCUCACGGAACGACCUGUUGAUGAAGUAUGGGUUGGUUCUUCCUUGCCACUAUUUUGUUGCUUUCCUUAUGCGGAUGCUGCGAAACCGUCAAUCACAUUUUUCGCAAAUUUGACGCGGCGGGAGCGCCGAUGCCACAGAGUGGAAGUACUGGGGGCCACGGUCAGCCGCAGGCCGGUUCAUCGCCGAGCACCCCGGGCCCCGGCGGCGGUGGUUCUAUCGGUGGUGCUACCGGAAGCGGCGGCGGCGGCGGUGGCGGAGGAGCUACCGGUUUCUCCACCGGCGCUGCCGGAGCUGCCACUUUCGGUCUCGGUGUUACUGGUGGGUCGACCGGCGGUGGAGCCGGUGGCGGUGCAGCCGGUGGCGGUGCCGCAGCUUCCGAGACUGGUUCAAGGUGGGCCGACAAGCAGGGGCCUGCUCGUCGGGGUCGAGGAUGGCGCGAUUGGCGUCGCGGCGAUCCCACUCUCAUCAAAGGCCUGUGGAAGUCAAAGGGUCCUCUAGAUUCGCUGGGACAGGCGGAGAUCUACAUCAUUGUGGCUCUCCUGAUCGGUUUCUUCACCGUGGUGAUCGGCUGCUGGCUAUCCGACAACUGCUGGUCGCCAGAGCC